AUGAGACGUCUCGUAGCAGCUGUAUGUUUUUUGGUAGCGCUGCAGCAUGGAGAAGCUAGUUCUAUCAGACGCCUCAAAGGGCACAACAGGAAGCUUCAAACAAAUUCAGUUACGCUGACGAGACCACCAGAUCCUAAACAAAGCCAAGAGGCCAAAACCGGCUCAAAGGCACCCACGAAGCAACCAUCCACAAAGGCUCCAACCUCCAAAGCGCCCACUGGGUCGACUGGAACCAAAUCACCAGUCGCGUAUGCUGCUACCAACGAUAUAGCCUAUGACCAUUGG